AUGGAUUCCAGUCUGUAUAAUAGAUACUCGUGCAAGUGCAAUCAAACAUCCGGUAAAUUGCAGUGCUUGGGGAUAGAAGUAGAAUGCAAGCCAAUUGGCUGCAAGAUACCAGCAAAUGUGCAACAAGGAAUGACACUGUUUGAUCCGCUUGAUGAACAACAAAAAAUCUCAGCAGCUAACCGCUAUGAAAUACAGCACGGUCAAUCUCUGACCUUUAUUUGUGAACCAUCUGCCAUGUUUUACUUCGAGCCAAACAGAAGAAUGUUCGAGUGUGAUAAAGGCUCAUGGGUUGCUAAACAACGCCCCGACGAGGUUAUAUGUGAAGAACAUUAUUGCAAGUUUGGUGGUCACUGCAUCCGGGAUCAUGAAUGCAUAUGUCCGGAACAAACGAGAGGGGAGCAGUGUCAGAUACCCCUGUGCAGUCCCGAGUGUCAGAACGGAGGAACGUGUGUAUCACCUGACAGAUGUCAGUGCACUGAGGGAUUUGGUGGAGCCCGCUGUGCUUGCCGUUUGGAAGAGUUCCUUUGUGAAGAUGGACAAUGCGUUGAUUCCAGUUCCGUAUGUGAUGGCACUUGCCAUUGUACAGCAGGCUGCGCAGAUGAGCGCCUUGACGGAGAAAAUAACUGUACCUCAUGGCGUAUCCGACUGGUUAAUGGUUCACACUAUUUUGGCCGGGUAGAGAUCACCAUUAAUGGUCUCACCGGUUCAGUCUGCGAUCAUUAUUUUGACAACAAUGAUGCAACGGUCGUGUGCCAGGAAGUUGGGUAUAGGUAUGGACACGCCGUACUAAGAGGCAAGUAUGGAUAUGGCUCUGGGCCGAUCUGGUUAGAUGACGUCAACUGUAACGGAGAUGAAAACCUAUUGUCCAGUUGUCGGCAUGGAGGACUUGGAAAAUCCAACUGCGAUCAUACCAACGACGCAGGCGUUAUAUGUAUGAACAAUAUACCCACAGUUACUGGCCCAUCAGUUAGUGCUGAGUUGCUUGAUGGACCCAAUAAACAUUCCGGACGUGUUGAAUUGAUCAUUGGGAACCGUCGCGGUUCGGUAUGUGAUGAUUCCUGGGACGACAAGGAUGCAUCAGUCAUUUGUAGAAUGCUUGGAUACGGUGAAGGUAAAGUGCUGAGCAAAGCUUCCUUUGGUCAAGGCAAUUCGAGUAUCCUUUUGGAUGACGUUGAAUGUGACGGUAACGAAACAUCUGUCAUGUCGUGCCGCCAUUCCGGUGUUGGAAUUCAUAACUGUAAUCACACUAAGGAUGCAGGAGUUAUAUGUAGCCCUAAAAAUACUUUCAGUUUGGAAGAGCUCACUUGCAGAGAAAGACAGUGCCUCCCGUAUACCAGUUAUGUAUGUGGUGGUUUCCGAUGCAAUUGUACAGGUUGCGAACGUGCGGGCCUUUUAGAAGAUAUCGGCACCUCGGGGAGUAUCCGACUGGUGAAUGGUUCACACUUCUUUGGCCGGGUAGAGAUCACCAUUAAUGGUCUAACCGGCUCUGUCUGCGACCACUCGAUAGACAACAAUCGUGCAACGGUCGUGUGCCGGGCACUAGGAUUUAGAUUUGGACAUGCCAUACAAAGGAGCCAUUAUGGCUACGGCGGUGGCCCAAUCUGGUUUGCUACCGCAUGUACCGGAGAUGAGUUCUUGUUGUCCAGGUGUCGGGUACCUUUAAAGUCAGACUGCGAUCACAACAACGUCGCAGGCGUCAUAUGUAUGAACACUUUGCCCAAAGUGCCUAAUAUUGUUGCUGAAGGCCGAACAGCUAUUGUUGAGUUGGUUGAUGGACCCAAUAAACAUUCUGGACGUGUGGAAAUAUUCGUUGGGAACCGUCGCGGUACGGUAUGUGAUGAUUCAUGGGACGAUACAGAUGCAUCUGUAAUUUGCAGAAUGCUUGGAUACUACGGUGGUGGGCAUGCGCAGAUCAAAGCUCACUUUGGUCAAGGAAGUUCGGACAUCCUAUUAGAUGACGUUCAAUGUGAUGGUAGCGAAACAUCUGUCAUGUCGUGCCGCCAUUCUGGUGUUGGAAUUCAUAACUGUGAUCACACUGAGGAUGCAGGAGUUAUAUGUAGCCCUAAAAAUAUAAAUGAAUUUACAGAGCUGAGAGUAGAGUUAGUGAAUGGACCUGACAACCGAUCUGGACGUGUUGAAAUUGUUAUCGGUAUUAACCGAGGUACUGUGUGUGACGAUGAAUGGGACGACAAUGAUGCCAAAGUUAUUUGCAAAAUGCUCGGAUAUGAUGGUGGGAAAGCUCUAGGUGAAGCCCACUUUGGUCAAGGCAGUUCUAGUAUUUUUCUGGAUGAUGUACUAUGUGACGGAACCGAAUCAUCCAUCACGGCAUGCCGACAUUCUGGCCUUGGGAUUCAUGACUGUAAGCACGAUGAGGAUGCAUCGGUUAGAUGCAGCCCUAAGAUAGAAUGUGGUCGACGACCCCUGAAACAUUAUUCAAGAAAGAGACGGAAUUCGUAUGAACGGAUUGUUGGGCUUCCUGAAAGACUCGAGGCAACAAGGGGCUUCUACCCAUGGCAAGUUGGAGUUCGAAUUGAAACUUCAAACAUUUGUGGCGGGACAAUUUUGAACGACCGUUGGAUACUUAGUGCCGCACACUGUUUUCAUAACAAAACAACAUCUACAAUUAGGGUUUAUACUGGUGACCACGAUCUUAUGAAAUCUGACCCGUUUGAACAACAGUUCGAGUUGGAGCAACUUAUUGAACAUCCUAAUUUUGCAUCUGUUCGAAAUGGUUACGACAUAGCUCUGAUGAAAGUGAAACUCAAAAAAGGAUCUGGUAUCAAGUUUAAUGAAGAAGUACAGCCAGCAUGUCUGCCAGAUGCUGGCAUGCAUUACGAAACUGGAAAGAUGUGCCACAUCUCUGGAUGGGGAAAAACGUCAUUGAAUGCUACAGGUUAUCCAACUGUACUUCGUGCAGCCGAGGUUCCUUUAGUUGAUGAUGUUGACUGCAAAAGGCAAUAUACCACCUUUACUCAGAACAUGGUUUGUGCCGGUUAUAUGGAUGGAGGCAUCGAUACCUGUUACGGAGACUCAGGUGGACCUCUGGUGUGCAGUGUUGAUGGCCUUUAUUACGUGAUGGGCGUAACAUCCUUUGGGCGAAAAUGUGGUUUAAAAGACUACCCUGGUGUUUAUGCAAAGGUAGCGCCUUUUCAGUCCUGGAUUGAGACCACGAUUGCGUCGUAUCCAUAAAGAAAAUACGCCUUCUACAAAUAUGUUGUACACCAUAAGUACUCUUUAAAGACAAAAUAAUCAUAUUGUCACGCAUAUGAAUGAAUUGAAUGAACUAUCAAAUCAAA